UAGUAUUCUGUCGACUGCUGUGAUGAUAAAUGAGUUUUUUGUCGAAUUCUUAAGUUUUGUUCGUCACUAGUGUGUGCCAACAACUAUUGAAAUUUGAAAAUGUCUAAGAAAAAUAUGAUUUAUCUCAGUGGUUAUGCAAAACGAAAAUUAAAUAGAAAGAGGCAGAAGAUGCAACAGCAAGUUACCUAAAUGGCUAACGAAUUUCUUUGAAACUAUCAAUAGUGUAGUCACUACUCAUAACGACAAAAUAAAUAUUAGGAAGUUUCUACGAUCGGUGGAUUAAGUAGUGUGUUUUUCAGAAAACAUCAAAAUGAAUAUAUUACCAAAAAAGAGGUGGCAUGUCCGAACCAAAGAUAACAUUGCACGUGUUAGGCGUGAUGAAGCACAAGCAGCAGAAGAAGAGAAGAAACUUAAGAUGAGGAUACAGUUAGCUGAGCAAGAAACAAAACUUUCAUUGCUGAGAAAUAGGUCAAAACAAAGAUAUGAUGAUUCUGCCGAUCGACCUGAAGAAACUAAACCAGAGGUGCUUAGUCAUGUUAAUUUUUUCCAAGACCUUGAAGAUGGACAUGUUGCUCAUACAGGUGUGAACAAAGAACACGAACAGGAAAAAAAGGAAGAAAAAGAAGCAUAUGAAAAAAAAGUGGGUUAUCUUACUUAUUUAGGACAGGACACAGAUGAGAUAACUGGCAAUGUACAAUGGUAUAACAAGAAACCAAAACGAUUAAACUUGAGUGAAACUGAUAAAGAAAUUGAAACAAAAGUUAAAACAUUUAAUGAUCCACUUAUUAUCAUGAAAAAAUAUGUUGAAACAGAUCUGAAGGACAGUAAACAUUCAAAAGAAUUAAUAAAAAUAAAGGACAAAUCACCUAUCAAAAAACAUAAAAAAAAACACAAGAAAAAAGAAAAGAAAAAGGAAAAAGUAAAUGACAAAAAUAAAAACAAAUUAAUUUUGGAAAAACUUAGAGAAAAGAGAUUAAAGAGAGAAAGGGAAGAGAGGUUUAGAGCUAGUCAAUUAUUGGCAAGAAUAAAUGGAGUUGUACCUGUCGAAGUUUCAAAACCACCACCAAAACCAACUAUUGUUCAAAAGUAUAAUUCUCAGUUUAAUCCAUUCUUAGCUAAGCAAAAUUAUCCUACAAGUUUUAAUUCAUAAACAUACAAUCUAGAAAAUAGAUUUUUUAUGUUUAGUAAUUUUUGUAAUAUAUUAUGAUUGUUAGGAUAAAAU